CUAAAGCAAAAGCUGGCAGGCUGACAAACGGGCAGCUUACAGGACGGACUCUCUGGCUACUGACCAUUUAGCUGUGGCAUACCCGGAUUGUGUGUGGGUGGGAAGUCGACAAUGAGCUCCGUGGCAGUUUUGACCCAGGAGAGCUUCGCUGAACACCGCAGUGGCCUGGCUCAGCAGCAGGUGAAAGUUACAGCUUUAAACUCUGAAGAAGAGAAUGAUCCUCCAACCUACAAGGAAGCCUUCCCUCCGCUCCCUGAGAAAGCACCAUGUUUGGAAGCUGCCCAGGAACCUGCUGGGCCCUGGAGCAAAAUCCGACCAAUAAAGGCUUCUGUCAUCACUCAGGUGUUUCAUGUGCCACUGGAGGAGAGGAAAUACAAGGACAUGAAUCAGUUUGGAGAAGGCGAGCAGGCCAAGAUCUGCCUUGACAUCAUGCAGAAGACCGGAGCUCACCUGGAGUUGUCUCUUGCAAAGGACCAGGGCCUUUCAAUCAUGGUCUCUGGCAAGCUGGAAGCAGUCAUGAAGGCUCGGAAGGAGAUUGUCGCUCGGCUGCAGACUCAGGCUUCAGCAACUGUUGCCAUCCCCAAGGAGCACCACCGUUUUGUCAUUGGAAAGAAUGGUGAGAAGCUGCAGGACCUGGAGCUCAAAACUGCAACUAAAAUCCAGAUCCCCCGCCCAGAUGACCCCAGCAACCAGAUCAAGAUCACCGGCACUAAAGAAGGGAUUGAGAAGGCUCGACACGAGAUCCUGCUUAUCUCCGCUGAGCAGGAUAAGCGUGCUGUGGAGCGGCUGGAUGUGGAGAAAGUGUACCACCCCUUCAUUGCUGGCCCUUACAACAAGCUGGUGAGCGAGCUCAUGCAGGACACAGGGACACGCAUCAACAUUCCUCCACCCAGCGUCAACAAGACAGAGAUAGUCUUCACAGGAGAAAAGGAACAGCUGGCCCAGGCUGUGGCCCGUGUUAAGAAGAUCUACGAGGAGAAGAAAAAGAAGACUACAACCAUUGCAGUGGAGGUGAAGAAGUCCCAGCACAAGUAUGUCAUCGGCCCUAAGGGGAAUUCCCUGCAGGAGAUCUUGGAGAAAACUGGAGUCUCUGUCGAGAUCCCACCCACUGACAGUAGCUCGGAGACGGUGAUACUGCGAGGCGAGCCUGAGAAGCUUGGACAAGCACUGACUGAAGUCUAUGCAAAGGCCAACAGUUUUACCGUCUCCUCGGUCUCUGCCCCCUCUUGGCUUCAUCGUUUCAUUAUUGGAAAGAAAGGACAAAACCUGGCCAAAAUAACUCAGCAGAUGCCAAAGGUUCACAUCGAAUUCACUGAAGGAGAGGAUAAAAUCACAUUGGAGGGACCUACAGAAGAUGUGAAUGUGGCACAGGAACAGAUUGAAGUCAUGGUCAAGGAUCUGAUCAACCGGAUGGAUUAUGCAGAAAUCAACGUUGACCACAAAUUCCAUCGACACCUCAUUGGCAAGAAUGGAGCUAACAUUAACAGGAUUAAGGACCUCUACAAGGUGUCUGUGCGCAUUCCACCGGACAAUGAGAAGAGCAACCUGAUCAGAAUUGAAGGAGACCCACAGGGGGUUCAACAGGCCAAGAAAGAGCUGCUGGAACUCGCUUCCCGUAUGGAAAAUGAACGCACCAAGGACCUAAUCAUUGAACAGAAAUUCCACCGGACCAUUAUUGGGCAGAAGGGUGAGCGGAUCCGGGAAAUCCGGGAGAAAUUCCCAGAGGUUAUCAUCAACUUCCCAGACCCUGCGCACAAGAGUGACAUCGUCCAACUUAGAGGUCCCAAAAAUGAGGUGGAGAAGUGCACCAAGUACAUGCAAAAGAUGGUGGCAGACCUGGUUGAAAACAGCUUUUCUAUUUCUGUCCCCAUCUUCAAACAAUUCCACAAGAACAUCAUAGGGAAAGGAGGUGCCAACAUCAAGAAGAUCCGUGAAGAAAGCAACACCAAAAUCGAUCUCCCAGCAGAGAACAGCAACUCGGAGACAAUUGUCAUUACAGGCAAGAGAGCAAACUGUGAGGCGGCUCGCCACAGAAUUCUUGCCAUCCAGAAGGAGCUGGCCAACAUCACAGAGGUGGAGGUGUCUAUUCCUUCCAAACUGCACAACUCCCUCAUUGGCGCCAAAGGCCGUUUUAUCCGCUCCAUUAUGGAGGAGUGUGGUGGAGUCCACAUCCACUUCCCCACCGAGGGCUCUGGCAGUGACACCGUGACCAUCAGGGGCCCUGCCCAGGAUGUGGAGAAAGCCAAGAAACAGCUGCUGCACCUGGCAGAGGAAAAGCAAACAAAAAGUUACACCGUGGACCUUCGUGCAAAGCCAGAGUACCACAAAUUCCUUAUUGGUAAGGGAGGUGGCAACAUCCGUAAGGUGCGUGACAACACCGGGGCCCGCAUCAUCUUCCCAACCUCUGAGGACAAAGACCAGGAGCUGAUUACUAUCAUGGGAACUGAAGAGGCUGUCAAAGAGGCACAGAAGGAGUUGGAGGCCCUCAUCAAGAACCUGGAUAAUGUGGUUGAAGACUCCAUGGUGGUUGACCCCAAGCACCACCGCCACUUUGUCAUUCGGAGAGGGCAGGUUCUGCGUGAGAUUGCAGAUGAGUAUGGUGGUGUGAUGGUCAGCUUCCCGCGCUCCGGCACCCAAAGCGACAAAGUCACCCUCAAGGGAGCCAAGGACUGUGUGGAGGCAGCCAAGAAACGCAUCCAGGAGAUCAUUGAGGACCUGGAAGCCCAAGUGACAAUCGAAUGCAACAUCCCACAGAAGUUCCACCGCUCCAUUAUGGGCCCCAAAGGAUCCCGGAUCCAGCAGAUCACCCGGGACUAUGCUGUCCAGAUCAAAUUCCCUGACAGGGAGGAGAACCCAGCCCCAGCUGCAGAGCCAUUGGUGCAGGAGAAUGGCGAGGAAGGUGGGGAAGGCAAGGAUGGGAAGGAUGCAGAUCCCAGCUCUCCAAAGAAGUGCGAUAUCAUCAUCAUCUCUGGCCGCAGGGAGAAGUGUGAGGCAGCAAAGGAGGCGCUGCAGGCUCUGGUUCCUGUCACCAUUGAGGUGGAAGUUCCCUUUGAUCUUCACCGUUAUAUCAUUGGCCAGAAGGGAACUGGGAUCCGCAAAAUGAUGGAUGAGUUUGAAGUGAACAUCCAGGUCCCUGCUCCUGAGCUGCAGUCGGAUAUCAUCACCAUCACUGGGCUGUCUACCAACCUGGACCGUGCCAAGGCUGGGCUGCUGGAAAGGCUUCUCUUGUUGCAGGCCUUGCGAAGCUUCAAGCUGACGGUCACUGUGGAUCCCAAGUAUCACCCUAAAAUCAUUGGGCGAAAGGGAGCAGUGAUCACCCAGAUACGCACAGAGCAUGAGGUCAACAUCCAGUUCCCUGACAAGGAUGAUGAAAGCCAGGCCCAAGACCAGAUCACCAUCACUGGCUAUGAGAAGAAUGCCGGGGCUGCCCGGGAUGCCAUCAUGAAGAUCGUUGGUGAGCUGGAGCAGAUGGUGUCCGAGGAUGUGACUCUGGACCAUCGUGUUCAUGCACGCAUCAUUGGUGCUCGUGGUAAAGCCAUCCGCAAAAUCAUGGACGAGUUCAAGGUGGAUAUUCGCUUUCCCCAGAGUGGAGCUCCUGACCCCAACUGUGUGACUGUGACAGGACUCCCUGAGAAUGUGGAAGAAGCUAUUGAUCACAUCCUGAAUUUGGAGGAGGAAUAUCUUGCAGAUGUGGUGGACAACGAGGCAAUGCAGGUGUAUAUGAAGCCCUCUUCACAUGAAGAGUCCAAGGCCCCGUCCAAGGGCUUUGUGGUGAGAGAUGCCCCUUGGGCUACUGUCAACAACGAAAAGGCCCCUGAUAUGAGCAGUUCUGAAGACUUCCCCAGCUUUGGGGCUCAAGUGGCCCCCAAGACUCUUCCCUGGGGACCCAAACGAUAAUGACCUGGAAGCAGAACCUCCUCCAGCCCGCUGACCUGACACUAACCUGCCACAAAUACUUCCUGUCUGAAAUCUGACCCAGCGGCUGGAGCACAAGUCAAUUGCCCCAAGAGGUCUCCUAAUGGUGUCUGGAGUGCUAGACCCCAUCCUGCUCCCCUCAGCUAUCACCGUGGCUAGGACCCACCCUCAUCUCUUGAUGGAUAUUCUUUCCUCCUUUGGAACAAGACUUCACUCAGAUUCAAACACUAAAUGUGUGUGGUUUUGUUAGAAACUUCAUAAUUGACUCAAAGUGGCUAAGAUUUGCAGCUUCCCAAGAGCAAUUCGCUCUCUUGAGCAUGUCUUACUAGGCAUUCUCGCCUUCAUUAGGAGACCUCCUUUACUGUGGCUAGGAAUCUACUUCCUGUCUCAUGACCUCAGGAAAUAAAUUUCCUUGACUUUCUAAAGCCAAAA